CGAGCUUCCAAUGGAAACGCUCUUCGACCGUGAACAGACGAAGGAGGAAGAAUCGAGAAGGUCUCGGGACCGAGUCCCUCCGAGUGCUUUUCUCUCCCUCUCUCUCGAAAGUGCGAUGCGGUGAUGAGUGCCUAUGCUCAGGAUACGACGUGAAGAUUCGCAUUCGUUUUCCAGUCGCAUAAAACCGAACCGGUUUUGUUGUCGAUCCAAAUCACUUACCUGGCCCGUGAAAUCGACCAUGAAAACCGGAUCCUGGACCUUCCUCUGCGUUUCCAUCCUCUCACUCACUCCCUGGACGACAGGACGCCAACUCUGUCCAAAUGAAGUGGACCUACGCCCCUGCACCUGCUUCAGCAAUUCAGACGGCGAGGCGACAGUGGAUUGCUCGGACGUCGCGACGAGUGGGGAGAUCUGGUCCGUCUUCAAUAAGGCGCCCUGGCCCUCCAGUCGACUCCAGCUAUUCUUCCUGUCCCUCAACACCAAGUUGAAGGAUCUUCCCGACGGGGCAUUCGGAAACAUCUCUUUCGCUUCGAUGUAUCUGACCCUCACCAACCUCGAGACGAUCGCUCCCUCGGCCCUCCUGCCCUCCCGGGACCGACUCGCCCACCUGGCCAUCGUGCACAGCAGCCUCGAGGAGUUUCCCUUCGAGCUUCUUCCGCGAAUGCCACGUCUCCAGAUUCUCCAUCUCUCGCACAAUUUAUUGACCUCGGUCCCGCCCCUUCAAAGUCAAAGCCUCCAGGAACUUAAUCUUUUAAAUAAUCAUAUAUUGAAAGUGGAGGAAACCGGAUGGGCCACUCCCAACUUGAAAGUAUUAGAUAUCGGCAAGAAUCCCCUGUCGAGAUUCCCUUCGGGAAUCCUGAAUGGCCUGGAGAAACUGGAAGAAUUCUCGUGCAGCGAAUGCAAUCUGGGUUCGACCCUUUCCAGAGGGCUGCUGGAUUUCCGCAGCAGGGCCUUGAGGGUGGUGCAUCUCGAUGGAAACAAUAUCUCGAGACUGGAACCAGGAGCUAUCACAGGGCUGCAACCUAAUACGAGUGUUUACCUACGAGGCAUGGAGAAUUUGGCCUUGUCCGAGGACAGCUUCCGCCCCAUGCUGGAGGUUCUUACGCAGGGAGAUGGGGUUCUUAUACUCGGGAGGAAAUUAUUCGGUUGCGAUUGCGACGUUGCGUGGUUGGUGGCCGAUCGGACGUUCCUGAGGAGCAUCGAUGGAGGCUGCUCGAGUGGAACGGAGUUGAAAGACUUGGAGUCGGAUUCCAUGAAAAACUGUCCUCGACCUUGUCCUUAUUGGUGCGUCAGUCGCAAAUUCAUGUCCCUCUGCACACCAGGGACAGCAAUUCUAUCGAAAGUGGAUGACUGUCGAUCUAAUGAGGUGGAGACCGAAUCAAGAGAAAGAGCAUCAGGACCCUCACCACCAUCCAAUCCCGACCCGAAAACAGAGCGCACCCCGUGCAGCCCAACGAUCGGAUUCUGCUUGAGUAGUCGGCACUCAUACUGCCGGGCUGAAAAUGAAUGGGAAUUGACGGAUCUUUUUUGGUGCUCUGGAGACCGUCUUUGCUGUGCUUCGAAGACGGCCGUGGAGAAAAGGAAAAUGGAGCUGCUCUCCAACAAAAAAUGCGGGCAGAGGGUGGAACCGGCACGGCAGGGAAGGUCGGCAGGGGGCAGUUCCUCGUAUAUUGGAGAGUGGCCAUGGCAGGCUGCGAUUUAUGAUGUCUCGAGGGAAGAAAUCAUUUGUGGGGCGGCACUCAUUCGGGAGAAUUGGCUUCUCACGACAGCUAGUUGUCUGAACGUGAAGGGGUCCCGAAUAUCUCGGAGACCGAAUGAAUUCAUCGUUUAUCUAGGAAAAUACUAUCGAAAUCAUUCCCUGGAUGAUGGAUUCGUACAACGAAGACAGAUGUCUAGGAUCAUCCUGCACGAAGACCUGAACUUACGGAACUUAGACUCGGACAUCGCCUUGGUGAGACUGACAGAGCCGGCAAUAUUGACCUGGCGAGUGCAGUUGGCAUGUCUCCCGAAUCAGUUUCAUCCGUCAGAAGAGAAUCCCAACGAUGGAAAGUUUGGAUGGGUGGCUGGAUGGGGUGUUGAUGAUUCUGAUACGCCGAGUCACGCCCUCGCGGACGUGAAUAUUCCUGUCAUAUCCAAUUCCAAAUGCAUUCAGGACACCAUUUAUACAACAGGAGACCUUGCGAGUACUGGGAUCCUAACGUCCAACAUGUUCUGUGCCGGCUACGGCAUAGAAACUCCUCUUGAAGAUUACAAGACGGUGUGUCCCGGGGAUUCGGGUAGUCCAAUGGUGUUUUACUCUGAGAGCAGCUGGCAGGUGGAAGGAAUCGUGAGUCACUCUUUUUCCAGAGAGAGAUGCUCCGCGAGACGCCCUGGCCAAUAUGCCGUUUUCACCAAAGUCAAUCGGUUCAUUUCAUGGAUUGAGUCGAAGAUUGAGAACACACCAUGAAGGCCCUGGCAUCCAUCGCUAUUAAUUUCUACCCAGUGGUACGAAGAAAUGAACUAAUGUGACUGCAAUACAGGAAAAAAAUCGCAACCUUUGAUGAACUUUCGCCCUCGUCGGCUCCAUUGGGUCGUUCUUUCGAAUAAAUGAAGACUAGCGGCCUGCGGCUGCUACGCUGGCCGUCUAAUAGUGGAAAUUUGAACCGUCUAUUGUGAUCAUAACGUCUCCUUGACAAUCCUCUGUUGACCUCAUUGCCC